GGUGCUUGAACUCAUCUUUUUCCCGCUCCCCCCGGUAUGGAGUCGUUCUUCGUUGGUUAAACCUACGACCAACACCUCCAACGGACUCUUGAGGUGCUUCCUCAUCUGGACCCCUUUCUCUUCUCUUCCUUCUUUUUUUCAUCUUUUUUGUUUCAGGCUCUGUUCUAGGCCUGGGUACUGCCGAUUCUUUCCUCUGUUCUAUUUUUCUUUUCCUUCCCUUUCUGUGUGUUCUUCUUGUACUCUUCGUUUGUAUUAAAACGCUCCGGCUGGAGCCGAGGACAGCUGCAUCACCAGCUGCGCUCACACAUCCGCAGCGAUGGCCGCCCUACGCGUGGCCCUGUAUUCUACUUGCCUCGCGGCCUAUGCUUCUUCUGUUCUCUCUCUCCCCCGAGACACCACAACAGGUCCCAGCGCCAAGCACGCGCCUGUGACACUCCCCUUGUACCAAGACAUUCGAAUCGAUAGCAUAGACAAGUUGAGAAGGAAAAGGCAGAAUGAGAAUGACGACACCACCGCCCGGAUCAUCAAUGUCACCUCCACGAGCUACUUGAUCGAACUGGCGAUCGGAACCCCCGGCCAAGACUUGAGGGUCGCCCUCGACACAGGAUCAUCCGAGCUCUGGGUGAACCCCAACUGCCAGAACGCCGGCAGCCCAUCGCAGGAGCGCAUCUGCGAAACCCAUGGCCAUUACCGACCCGCCGAUUCGGAUACCGCCCGCGUGUCCCAGACGAGGAGUACCAUCUCCUACGGCAAAGGACAAGUUGCGCUCCAAUACGUUGCCGAUAACAUUGCGGUACCCGGCACCGAUAUCACGAUUUCGGAUGUUAUUUUCGGGUAUGCCACCAACAGCAGGCAACUGAGCACGGGGAUCAUGGGCCUCAGUUUCGGAAACGGCACGAACAUGGCGUACCCGAGCGUCCUGGACGAGAUGGUGGCACAAGACAUCAUCGAAACCCACGCGUUUGGCGUGGCGCUGGGUACCAAGGACGAACCCACCGGCACCGGUGUCAUUUCCUUCGGCGGCGUCGAUACCCAGAAGUUCAGCGGUGACCUGCAUACCAUGCCUGUGUUGGGCCCUCAACACGGCGAGCGACUUUGGCGAUACUGGGUCCAGCUCGAAUCAAUGGGCCUCACAAUAUCCGGCGGCGGCGGCACCGAGUUGUACGACGGCUCGAGCUUCCCCGUCUUCUUCGAUACCGGCGCCACCCUCAGCUACCUGCCCCGCCCAGUGGUGCAAGCCCUCGCCGAGGACCUGGGCGGCCAGCUCGACCCGGACGUCGACUUGUACGUGGUGCCCUGCGGCCAGGAGGGCACCGUGGACUUCACCUUCGCCGGCUACACCAUCAAGGUGCCCCUGGAGGAGUUCAUCUGGACGGUGGGCCAGGACACGUGCAUCCUCGGCGCCGACGCCGAGGAGAGUCAGAACUACCUCCUGGGCGAUUCGUUCCUCCGGUCCGUGUACACCGUUUUCGACAUGGAGACGCCGGCGCUCCACUUUGCCCCGUAUGUCAACUGCGGCUCGAAUGUGCGGAUGAUCCCGCCUGGUCUCAACGCGACGACCGAGUUUACGGGUGAAUGUAGCAGCAGUGACUCGGGCUCUGGUGACGGCAACGGCGGUGACGGUGAUGGCGACAGUGCAGCUGGCCAUCUAACACCCAUGCGAAGUCUCUGGGCCGUUGUUGCAGGCUCGAUGGCGGCGUAUCAGGCUAUGAUGCUCCUAUAG